CGGGGGAACCUGCCUGCCCACCACUGCCUGCACAGCUCUGCAGUCGCUCUGGACGACACCAAGAGUCUGUGUGUGUGUGUGUGAAAGUGUGUGAGGUGGGGGAGCAUGUCCACCCAUUUGGGCAUCAUUAAUUCCUGCUCCUGUUCUUGCCUCUGGAUCACCUUGAUGUUCAGAGAGAGGCAAAGAUAAAACUGAGAGGCUGAAGGUGUGUGAGGGUGUGUGUGUGUGUGUGUGUGUGACUGAAUAACAUGAAAGCAUGCGACCGGUCUGAGGCAUGGCAAAUUGAAACGGCCCAGGUGAGGAGGAGACUCAGCACUCUCCUCCUCCCCCUCCUCUUCCUCCUCGCUCCUUUCCUCCCCUCCCUUCCCUCCUCCCUCCCUGUGACGUGGUGUGUAUCAGUGUUUGCUGUGUGUGUGGGUGAGAAAGCGAAACAGGUCAGCAGUGCCUCAACAGACUGGGAACCUUCACAGGAGGAAGCAGCCCUCUGCAGACUCAGGUCUUUGCUGAGAGGGAUAGUCAAGAGAGGACUCCUUCAUUUACAAGAUCAUCUACAUCAAGGUGAAGACUCGAAUCAUCGUCUGCCAACCUCCAAACUCAAAUCCCCCUCUAGUUACUAUGACCAACACCAAAGGCUGAACUUCUCAGAUGCCCCCUUUGACAGAGGAGGAUGGGUGAUGGACCCGUGAAAUUCAGCAAACUCCCUCCUCUUCAUUCCAUCCUCUCAUGGAGCAUACCAUCAGACCACGGCCCUCUUGGAACAACGCGUCCGCUGCCUCCGCAUUCCUAAACUCUUUUCAGCCAAAUGUCUCCAACAUAACCAGACAAAUUGGGAGUACCGAUAAUGGGAUAGAUCUGAAUCAGACCUUGGGGCUGUGCGCUAUGCUCGUCAUGGACGUCCUAGCGGUGGUGGGGAACUUGGCUGUGAUGAUCGUCAUCACUAAAACGCCGCAGCUGAGGAAGUUUGCCUUUGUGUUCCACCUCUGUCUGGUGGACCUGCUGGCGGCACUGCUGGUGAUGCCGCUGGGGAUGCUGUCAGACCGGAUUCUGGAGGACGAGGCCCUGUGUCGAAGCUACCUCUGCCUGAGUGUGUGUCUAGUGAGCGCCGCCAUCCUCACCAUCUGUGCCAUCAACGUGGAGCGGUACUACUACAUCAUCUACCCCAUGCGUCACGAGGUGAAGAUGACGGUCGGGGUGGUGGUAGCGGUGCUAGUUGGGAUCUGGAUUAAAGCUCUCGUCAUGUCCAUGCUGCCCCUGCUAGGAUAUCUGUUUCAGGGUUCCCCGACUGUGGGGACUCCUGAAGUCCUCGUUCCCAGUCAGAGACACUGCUCCCUCCACUGGACAGGAGGCAGGUCCACACGUAUAGUUUUCAUGGUUUUCUUUACUGUAAUCUAUUUUCUGUGCCCCAUGCUGAUCAUUUUGGUGGUCUACUGCAAUAUGUUUAAGGUGGCCCGAGUGGCAUCCAUGCACCGUGGUCCCAACCCCACCUGGGUGGACACGUCGAGGCAACGCUCUGACUCUGUCAGCAGCCACUCCACCAUGGCAGCAAGCCUUGGCGGCACCGGAGCGCGUACAACUCCUCAAAGGACCUUCAGCGGCGGGAAGGCCGCAGCAGUUUUGGUGGCAGUCGGCGGUCAGUUCUUCUGCUGCUGGCUGCCAUAUUUCUCCUUCCACCUCUACUCGGCGGUCAUUUCCACUGCGCCGGCCUCGCUGACCCAACUGGAGGGCGUGGUCACAUGGAUCGGCUAUUUCUGCUUCACCUCCAACCCCUUUUUCUAUGGCUGCUUGAACCGUCAGAUCCGAGAGGAGCUGGGCCGCCACCUGGCUUGCAUCUUCAAGCGGGCCGGGCCCGUAGAGGGGGAGCAGCUGCCGAGCCGCGAAGCCUCCAUUGAGGAGAACUUUUUACAGUUUCUCCAGGGCACUGGAUGCAAUCUGGAGCCCUGCAACUCUCACAGCAGAGCGAGCCUGGAGGAGGCAGGAACUGAAGGUCUUCAAGAAUCAGCUGUUGAGCAGAACACGCCAGCUGACUUCCCCAUCCCAGGGCAGAUCCUUGAGGAAACCGCAGAGUUCAUACAGCAGCAACAGCUGAACAAUGAGCUUUGUGUGUCAGAGAACUGCUGCAAGACUGUGCCAGAGAUAUAACUGCCUCAUGUACUGUUUCUUCCACCAUCUAAUAACCCAAUGAACAUGUUCAGUUUUAUUCAUAGUGUUUCUUAUUCAUGCUGCAACAUUUUUUUUUCCCAAGUGACAGAUCAAGCACACUGCAAAAAUGUGUUCUAGAGUCGGGCUUUGGGUCAGAACCCGACGAACCCUUGAAGAAUUCCAGUUUUGCGCAUCACUGGCUGCCCUGUUAAAUGUUUUUGGGAGUCUUAUUGUGUCAUGCUGUUUUUGCUUUGCGUCACAUAACACUUGAUGUUUUGGUUACAGUUCAAGUGACGUGACGAACUUUAUAUAAACAUGAAGAGGCUCUGAGACAAUGCAAGAACAUAAAUCAGGGAUAGAGUAGUUUUAAGUGCUGAAUGACUUCUUUAAUAUUCUCCACAAAUGUAUUUAUUUAUUAGGUGUUCAACAUCUAUCAGCACUUUUCAUAAAAACAAAGUGGAUUUGUAUAUCUGGGUUUUUUUUAAUUUUUAUUUUAUUUAAAUGUUUUGAUUUCAGAACAAACGAGAACCUCUUUUACAAUUAAUCCCAAUUGAUUCAGACAUAAAUAUCGAUAAAUCUUCUAAACUGGUGGUUUUCAAGUUGUUUUUUUAACAAGUAUCACCUUGGUAAGUAAUACCUUCUUUAAAGUACCGCGCCAUACCAUCAACACACUGCAUGUGGAAAUAGAAAUCCAUCAGCUUCACUGAAGGAAGAGGCUUAAAUACAAGCUCCGUUUUUACAAAGACAUUGAAUUUUUCCAGUUUGAAGAAAAAGUCAACAAAGAGGUUCAUAUGAAUCAUAAUUUUAAGAGAGAAAGCAGGAGGUUUCUGAUCUGAAUUUAUUGUGAUACACGCAGUAAAAAAAAUAGUGCUGAAUAGCCCCUUUUGAAGAACUUGUUGCUGCAGUCUUUGCACAAAAUGUAGAGAAAAAACACUGUCAUUAGCUUGUUAGCUAAUUAGGCUAACUAAGCACAUCAGUUAGCAAAUCCAACUAGUUUUCGAUUUGAUUUCUAACAUGGUUCAGUCAUCCUUAGACCGAAUUUUUGACUUUGGGUGUAAAUGGAGUAAAACAUAUUUAGUCUGAUUGUCUUGGGUUUACUAUCGUCUGCUGAAUCAAAGUCAGUUUGCUUGUUCUCACUUUGCAAAUUAUAGUAAAAACAAAAACAAAGUACCGAUAAAUGCAGUCCAAGAACCGCAAAUCAAAAGUCAAAAGUCAUGGAUUUAAACUAAUUAAGAAAAAAUAACCACUAAAACGUACAGGAAAAAAGUGCUCCAAAAGCUGCCGGCUUGAAGAAAGACAUUUUCUACUUUUACAAAAGAUUUUAAGUUAUUGCGCUGAAUCAUCAGUUUUCACCAUGCACUUAUUCUCUGUUCUCACUUCAAACCACCAAGGAAAUAAAGGCUACAAUACUCCAAAGGCUUUAAAGAAAAACAAUGGGUUGAAGUAACGUUAACUUUUAUUGUGCUGAACAGGAUUGUUUCGCAGCUUUUGCUGCGGCUGGUAUUUAUAAUAAACAGGCUGACAGUGUAUUUUUAGCCAUUUUCCAGAAUGUUAUUAUCAUGUUUAUCUGUUCUUAGUCUUGUGAUUAUCACCUCCUCACCAAAAUGGGAGACUCGUGAUUUCAGCCCCUUCCACUCAAAGACAAACGUUGUGGAUGGUUUAGUUUGUUCAUCAGCAGCGGCGGCGUGGUGCAAAAAAGGGGUUUUGGGCUCUGUCGGAAAACAGCAGCCCCUUGCCAUGUUAGAAAAGCUGCAGGAACGAAACGUGGCGCUCAUUGCACCCAGUGAUGUCUGCGCUGUUUACAGGUAAACACCAGAGCGGUGUGAGCACUCCCGUGUUUGUGCAAUAAACAACCAGGCUUGUUGUGGCUACACACAGCACAGAGGUGUGACAACGCUCGCACACAUGGAAAGCUUUGCCUUUGGCCUCGUUUAGCAACAAAUGGAAGACACUGGAGACACUUUCCCUGUUCCCAGGCGGAAAGCCAGACGGUUUGUUCAAGUCACACUAGUGGUGACCGACGUCGCGAAGACGACAGAUUGGCUAACCUUUAAAGAAAAGGCACCUUUUGUGCUGUUUUCGUCUAUUUUGGACUCGUCUCGUCCGGGAGAGUUGGCGCGAUCACAAGACUCUGAACACAAGGCAAACAGCCAAACCAAAAAAAAAAUAAAUAAAUAAAUAAAUGUCUUAUUGUCAGGGGGAACACGUAACACUCUUAAUUUCCUUACUGUUUGACUUUGUUGCAGACAUGUUUUUUUUUGUUGUUGUUUGUUUUAAAAUGUUUAUUUUUAAUAAAAAUAAAAUAAUUAAAUUUGCUGAGUCAAAGCCACAGAGCAUCAUUGAACAUUAUAAAAGAGGACUCAGUGGCACGGUCUUUGUGUGUUAAUUUAUUAUCAGCACUUAUUAAACUGUUGUCUUUUAGUUACAAGAUCAUAUAAAUGCCUUGAUUUUUAACACCAGCGUUUAACAACAUCAGCAAAACUGCCCUGACCAGUCUGAUAAAAUGCUUUCAACUCUCUUCCUGCCAAACAUCUGUCUCUUCCGAAGAAGAAGAAAAAGAAGAAGAAAAAGGAGAAGAAGAAGAAGCUUGCUGAGCUGGUGGAAGGUGGACAGUUUAUUUACUUUUUAACUGCAGUGUUGUCCUCCGUAUCGCACCAAAAAGAUGGAUGUGUUCAUUUUUCUUUGUGCAUCUCUUUUUUGUACCUGAACUGAAAAGACUGUUAUUCCUCGUGUGUAUUCUCCAUCUGCAGAACUCAUUAAAGACAACAGAAAUUAUUUUAA